AGUGGAAAACAAUCGAAUGUUGAUGGAAAUUCUUCAUUUGAAACUGCAUCACUUUCAUCAGUCUUUGUUCCAACAUUCAUUCUUGAAUAUGUCGAUGAUGGUAAGAACGAGGGUUUCCAAUUGGGUCAAGAUGAAAUCGUCGGUUUUGUAAAUAUUGGUGCAUUGGAUUUUGACACUGAAAAAACUGAAGAGACUUUAAAAGAUAAAGAUGGUGAAGAGUAUACUGUUUAUCAUGUUGUUUCCACUAGUACCACUGGUCUUAUCCAAUUUAAUUUCACAGUUUCUGACCAUCCAGCUUCAAUUAAUAGUGAAACUGUUAUCUCUGCUGAACAAACUAAAAUUGAUUUUGGUAUUGAUGGCUACUACAACGAAACUACUAACCCAGCAAGCAAAGACUGUGAUGUCAAUUCGAUCAUCAACAGAAAAUGUGUUAGUAGUGGUCCAUCCGACAAGAAUUCCACACUUGCCCUCGUUUCGUUCUAUGCUAUCAACAAAUUUGGUAUGAAGGCAAGUCUUGAACAAGAAAAAAUUGAAGCUGACAAUAAAGAACAAGGUUUCCAUGCUGGUUUUAACUGGGUAAAACAUGCCAGAUAUUCACACAAGGGUAAAGGCAAGGGUCACUGUAAAGUGCAUGCCGAUUCCAAAGACGAUGACAACGGUCUCUACGGCUCUACUAAUCUUUCUGGAAUGAUCUCUGGCAAAUCUACCUACAAACUCCUUAGUUUUUCAUUCAGCAAUGUCACUAGACCAGAUCAAGUUGCUUGGGAUCCAGUCUUAGGUGGUGCUGCUUCUGAAAUUAACAAUGGCACUUCCUCAAGCAAU